AUGUUUGCCCGCCUACACCCAGACGCGAUCCCAACCCCUCUAAAGACCUAUUCUUCCGCGCCCCUGAAAUCUUUCAAGCGUCGUCUAUUCCUGGACGACGACGACGAAGAUGAUGUGCGCCCACCCUCUCCCAAGAAACAUAGAAAGACGCAUUAUUCUGUUGCCCCGCUUUUCGACAAAUACAGGAGGCCAAGAGUGGACGAAGAGAACCAGAUUCCAAGUCACGUUCAUAACCGACGGCAACGUCUUAGCCCUUCUCCCGACCCCGAUCCACCACUAGUAUCAGAGCUUGGUGAGCGCUACGCCAACCUCCGCGCAACAGUCCACAGCGCCGUCAUAACCGCCUUUGAAGAAGCCGAAGCAGAACUAGUCGCACAAAGCGAGGCCAAUAUCCGCGCCAACCGGCAGAAAAUGGCCGCUCUCGAGGCCCAAAUAAAAAAACUCAUCUCGUCUCUCAAGGACCUAACAAUCGACUACACAGCCACCGGCGAAGACGGUCAUGAGCGUACCGCCGCAGUGGCAAUCCGCGACGCUAUAUCCAUCUUCGAGGUCAAACUCGAAGCCGCCGUCGCCGAGCUCGAUGGCCUCUGGGUAUCCUAG